GGUAUUAAUCAAAAUUUUAACGAGACAUGUCAAAUGUCAAUUGAUUAACCUUGAAAUUAUCGCUACAAAUUUCUGUCCUCCUCCUCAAUAAUGUAGUAAUUUAGCCGCAAAAUCAGCAUAAACCGCAACCAUGUCGUCUUCUGAUGUCUACAACGACCUAACUUUACACAUCACCCCCGAGAAGUUUUACAUUGAGCCGAAAUCCGAGGAAUCGUUGCUUAUAAUCGACCGUCCAUCCGAAACCAUCUCACUACAACGAAAUGUCGGCCAAAUCCCAGUCACCAGCAGUCGCAAAGACUUCUGCGGUUUGCUGGGCUCCAUCACUUUGCUCGCGGGUCGCUACUUGGUCAUAGUGACUCAACGGGAGUUUGUCGGUUAUAUAGCAUCUCACGCGAUAUGGAGGCUCGCCAAAGCCGAACUGUUGCCCUACGCACGCAGCACUCUGCACCUGACUCAGGAGCAAAUCAGCGACAAUAACACCUACCUGAACAUGGUGGAGCAGGUGCUCUCCACGCCGUACCACUACUUCAGCUACAGCUACGACUUGACGCAUUCCAUGCAGCGCUUGCACGACUUCGGUCCCGAUUCCUGGAAGCUGUCUUUGCUGGAAAGAGCCGACGCGAGAUUCGUCUGGAACAGCCAUCUUCUCUCCCAGUUUAAGCGUCCCGAGUUCCGGAAGUUCGGUCUUCCCCUAUUGCACGGUUUCGUUUCUAUUAAUCAAUGCGUUAUCAACGGGCAGAGUUUCACGUGGUCGAUCAUCUCCAGGAGGAGUAUCACCCGUGCCGGGACUAGACUAUACCGCCGAGGCAUUGACAAAGACGGCAACGUCGCAAAUUUCGUCGAAACGGAGCAAAUCGUUGAGUAUCAAGGCGAUCGUGCGAGUUUUGUCCAAAUCCGAGGCUCAAUUCCGCUAUUUUGGACCCAAAACCCGGAUUUGCGCUACAAACCGCCCCCGACAUUGCUCGAAAUCGAUCCUCAGGAGCACCACGCAGCUUGCCAGAAGCACCUCGAGACGGUGGCGGUCCUCUACGGGAAGCAAGUCUUGUUGAACCUUGUCGAUCAAAAGGGGGCUGAAGGCAAGCUAGAGAAGGCUUUCAAGGAUGCUAUCGCCACGCUAGCGUACCCCUCGGUGUGCUACGAACCCUUUGACUUCCACGGGGAGUGUCGCAAAAUGCGGUGGGACCGGCUUUCGAUCCUCAUUGAUCGAGUGGCGCUGGAUCAGGACGAAAUGGGGUUCUUUUUGAUGCUCCGGGAUGGGUCGUUGUCGGGGCUCCAAGAGGGGGUCUUCCGCACCAACUGCGUGGACUGUCUCGACCGGACCAACGUGGUUCAAAGCAUGUUGGCUCGACGGAAUCUUGAAAUCGUUUUGCAAAAAUUAAAUAUCUUGCAACGGGGACAGAAACUGGACCCGUAUGGGUCGUUCGAGGUCGUUUUUAAGAAUGUGUGGGCUGAUAACGCCGAUGUUAUCAGUACGCAGUACUCGGGGACGGGGGCGUUGAAGACGGAUUACACGCGGACCGGGAAACGCACCAAAUUGGGGCUCAUUAGAGACGGGAUUAAUUCGUUGACUAGGUACUACAAGAAUAAUCUUCUGGACGGGUUCCGACAAGAUGCCAUUGAUUUAUUCCAUGGGAACUGCGAGGUUUUGUCGCCCCUUAGCGUAGACCGCGGCUGGAGAUACAUAACAUUCCCGUCUGUUUUUCUAGUAGCUGUGGCAAUGUUUGUGGCAUCGGCUGUCUGUCCGACGGAGUAUUCGACCGAGUCGCUCCUCUAUCUACUAUUUUGGGGCUCAAUGAUGGCCGCGACGGCCUACACGAUAUUCAGACACGGGACAGAAUUCGUCGAUAAGCCCCGACUGCUGCAAACCUAGUCUAGUCGCCUCUAAUAGUGUUGUUGCUUUUAUACCGGUGUAUGUAUAUUUUGUUUAAAUUUUAUUUCUAUCGUUUAAGCCACACAGUGAUUUUUUUUUCAGAUAUUUUUACAACUUGUAGCUAUUACAUUAAUAGAACUGUUAAAACA